AUGAAUUAUAUAUAAGAGAAAUGUUUAGAACACUCAGAAGAAAUUGUGGGAUUUGAUAUAAAUUAAAAAGAUCUUUAAAUGAGAGGGUAAUGUACCAAGUGUUUGGCAAAUGAAUAAAAAAAUAAAGCGAUGGAUAUUCAAGAUUAGAUCAAUCAGAUUAAAUAAACUAAAUAAAUACUUAAUGAGGAGAGAACAAAUUUGUUAUAAAGCACUUUAGAAAAUAUCCAUAAAUUAAGUGAGAGUGUUGAAUAAUUGAAGAAUUUUUAUAUCUAAUAAAUUGAAUUGAUCAUCGUUUCUAUUAAAAAGUGGACUUAAUCACUCCAGAAUAUAGAAGAUAAUUUGAUUAAUAAGAUAUAAUCAAAGGAAUCUAAUGAUUAUUAAUCAUUUGUCGAAUUUAUUUAGGAUGAAUAGGAUGCUUAAAUUUAAGAUUAGAUUGACUUUAAAGUAGAGAUUCAUAACUUGUUCCUCAAAUUAACAGAAACAAAUUUAAUUAAGAAAUGUUAAUCAUUGUUGGAAAAUCAAUUAACAAAACCUAUUUUUUUUGAAAAUAUUGAAAAGAAUGAUUAUGAAGAUAUUGAAGUAACAAUUUAUUAAUUUAGGAACUUAAUCUAUUAUGUGAAGAUCAUAAGAAAGAAAUUAGAUUUUUUAAUCUUUGUAAAGAAAGUAUAAGUUAGAAGCUUAUUGGAUGUUUGGAAUGUUCAGAUGGUACAAUAAAUUAAUAUACUUCCAUUCAAACAGCUCAUAAAAUUUGGAAAUAAGUUAAAUUAAAAAGAUAAGAGAAGAUGAAUAAAAAUGUUGAUAUGCUUUAAAAAAAGGUUAAUUGUCUUAAGGAUUAUUUAUAAAUAAUCUAGAAAGGAUAUAAUUCUGCAAUUGAGAAUGCAAUAAAUAAAUUAAAUAUCAUUAAUCAAAAUUAUUCUAAUAAAGUUAAUACAACAAAAAAUUUAAUUAAUGCAUCUUGGAAAACUUUACCUAAAGAAGAAAUAAUUAAAAUUGCAUAAGAUUUAAGUUAAAUCAAUUAAUAAAGUAUUAUACAAGAUUCAUCAUUGAUUGAAUAUAAUAUUUAAGAUAAUUAAAUAAAUGAAAUUAUAAAAGAAACUGUUUUAUAUUUAUAAGAAUGGAUAGGAAGUUAAUUAAAUAAAAUAAAUGGAUUCAUUAAUAAUUUCUAAAUAGAUAAUGAUGUCAAAAAUUAACUUAAAAAAUGUGGCAAUGAAUUAGAAGUUUAAAGUAUAAUAGACAUUAUUGAUUUGUAAUAAAAAAAGUUAAUAGUCUUAGAAUCUCAAUAACAAGAGUUAGAAUUAUCAAUACAUCUUACAAAAAGCAAACACCUCAGUAUCCAGUUGUAAUAAUACUCAUAAAUAAUCUAAUCUAAAAUGAAUGAAUAAGAAUUAAAACCCUUCACUUAUAAUUUAAUUUAGAAUAAUACAAUUAAAUAAACUGAAUGGUGUUAUGCAAUAGCAUUUAAUAACGAUAAUUCAAUUGUAGUAGCUGGUUGUAAUAAAUAAAUAAAAGUAUUUGAAUUCAGAUAAGAAUAGUUGAAAGAAACUUAAAUUCUAAGUGAACACUCAAAUGAUGUUUAUACUUUGAAUUUUAUGAAGAAAUCAAGUUAAUUUUUAUCAGGAAGUGCAGAUUAUUCUAUUAUAUUAUGGUAGAUGAAUGAAAAUAAUUAAUGGAUUUGUAAAUAGAAAUUAAAUGAACAUACAAGCAGUAUUUAUUGUUUAAUUUUGAACAAUAAUGAAGAUAUAAUCAUAUCUGGUAGUUCAGAUAAAUCCAUUAAGUUUUGGAUAAAAUAAAAUGAAUGGAUUAAUUCAUAAACUAUCACUGAUCAUACUGAUUCUGUAUAUGGAUUAAGUAUGAAUGAUUCACAGAAUAAAGUUAUUUCUUGUGGAUAUGAUAAGUUGUUAUUAAUUAUAGAAUAAUUAUAAAAGGAUUAACAAUGGAAUAUAAUCUAAAAAAUACAAGUUGAAUAGUAUGGUCGUAGAAUAUGUUUUAUUAAUGAUAAUUUAUUCACAUUUUUACCUAAUUCUAAAGAAUAGAUGGAUGUUUAUGAAAUGAAUAGUACCAAUAUAUCUUAUUCAAAGACAAAAGAAAUUAUGGUAAAAUGUGGAUCUGAAGGCAAUUGUUUCUUUCCAUAAUAAUAUAUAAAGUAGAAAUGCCUGAUUGUGAGUAAGAAUGGAUUCUAUGUUAAUUUAAUUAGAAAGUAGGAAAAUGGAAAUUUCAUAAUUGAAUAAUCUAUUGAUUUUGGAACAAAUAAUUUAUAUGGAUUAAUGAGUGAUAAUGGAGAGUACCUGAUAAUAUGGAAUGGCAAAAAGAAGGAGAUUCAAAUAAGAAAAUAUUAAGAAAAAUGA